CUGUUAUGUUCUUCAAUCACAUGAGAAUACUUGAAUUUGAUUCAAAUAUUUAAUGCACAACUUUUGUUUCUCCUUUAGGUUUCUAGCAGAGAUCAAAUGGAGGAAAUAGGCUUAGCACCCAGAGAUGAAGAUACAAGCAAGAAACCAGUUGAAGCUUAUAAAAUCAGAUGUAUCAUUACAUGUGAUGAAUUACAUUUUGCACGGUACAAUCAUGAUGAUUGAAAGCUCAACGUUGAGCUAUCUUGUCAGAAAAGCAACAGAAGGGGCGACGUAGAUCCUUUGCUCAACCUCCAAGAUAAGAAGAUGCCUUCCUUAGGAGCCGUAACCAAGUUGAUGUAUGCCCGAGGAAAAGUGGUUCCUUGUGCUUUCCUUUCUUUGAAGACUUGAACUUGCCAUUCUCGAUUACAUGUCUAAAAAAGGUUACCAUCAGAUUCGUGAGGCAUUCUCCCCCGAAGUUCCUGCUAAUCAAAAUCCUUUUGCUAUCAAUUUUCCUCAUGAAUCAUUUCUGCAAGUGUUUUGGGGUAAAUUUUACGAAGCAUACCGCUCUAGGUUCCCUGACGACCCUAUAUUCGCUGCUGAAUCCUUUGAUAAGGUCGCACAGACUGUGGAAAAUGUUGUUGCUAAUAACGGUCCUGCAAAUCAAUCCUAUGCUUCUGAUCAUACGGGAGCAAACACCUCCAAUGUGAUGCCUGUGAUGCCAUCACCACAUCUGAUUGCAUCUUCUGCUGUGAUGGGACCCAGCGGUCCUGAUGAUGCGGAAGCUAUGGCUUCAGGAUUGUUUUCUUAUGAUGAGAUGGGUGAAAUGGGCGGCAUCUUUCCAUUUGCAAGCGUUUCCAGCUAUCAAAUGCCGCAAAUGCCAACUGCUUCUCCAGAGUGGAAUGCAAGAGAUUACAGACCUGGCAUAAACUUGGGAGGACCUGCACGAAUGGAACUGAAUAUUCAUGCCCCUGCAAAUGCUUUGCCUGCUUCACAGGAACUUUUUGAUGCGGGGAACAACAGAUCUUUGCAACAAGCAUCUCACCAAGGAUGGCCAUAUGUUAUGCUUGGUGAUACAAAUCAAAGAACCCCAGAGAAUUUACAAGCUGACCAGCAAAUAAUAGCUCCUAUAGGAGGAGUUAUGAGAAGUUCUGGAAAGCAACCUGCAGUGCAGGAGCAAACAAACCAGCUGAGACUGCAGUCUUCAGAUAAGAGUGGCAGAAAGAGGAAACUUCCAUCGAGUUCUCUGGCACGUGUUGGUAAAGGAAAAGCUAUUGUCGGUGGUUCUGUUGCGCCUGCAAGCACUCAAGCUGAACGGGAAGGCAUCGCUUUUAAAGAGAUUCGUAAACUUCAGACAACAAAGAGCAACCUCCUAUGUUGCCACUUUAAUUCACGAGGAGAGUUGUUGGCUGCUGCUGGACACGACGGGAAGGUUCUGAUUUGGGACUUGGGAAAUAACAAUGUCGUUAGUAGUGAAGAAGGUCAUACUCAUCACAUUACAGAUAUCCGUUUUAGACCAAACUCAACGGUGUUUGCAACAUCUUCCUUUGACAGAACUGUGAAUAUCUGGGAUGCAGCGAAGCCAAGCAACCCCUUUGGAAACCUUGUCGGGCAUGCUGGGCAUGUGAUGUCAAUAGAUUUUCAUCCGACAAAGUUGAGUCUCCUAAGUUCUUGUGAUAGCAAUGAUGAGAUUAAACUGUGGGAUCUCUAUACGGGUGAUGAGAAAUUCAGUUUUAAGGGAGGCAACAGACAAGUUAGAUUCCAACCUAAACUUGGGCACUUUUUGGCAAGUUCUAGCGGAAAUGUUAUAAAUAUCUUUGAUGUGGAGACCAACAGCAUACAAACAAAAUUACAAGGACACAUCAAAGACGUCCGUUCAAUCUGCUGGGAUUUCAGUGGGAAUUGCCUGGCAUCCGUGAGCGAAGAUAGUGCACGAAUAUGGUAUGUUAGUGAAGGAAGCUGUCUAUUUGAAUUGUACUCCCAUGGCAAGAAUUUCCAGUCGUGCAUUUUCCACCCUGGGCACGGUCAAGUGUUGGUGAUUGGUUCCGAGAAGUCCCUGGAGCUGUGGAAUCCAAUCUUCCAGCGCAACAUAACUUGGCCAUAUAGUGCACAUGAUGGUAUAAUUUCUUCAUUGGCAAAUUCACAUUGGAAAGGAACCAUAGCUUCAGUGAGUCAUGACCAGUGUAUCAAGAUAUGGAAAUGAAGCUUCUUUGUGCAGAUACAACAAUCAUUCUUUCUUUUUUCCCUUAUCCAAAUUGAAUGAAACCACAGUUGCAUAAACCCUUUCACUAGCGAGGGUGCAUUUGGGAUCGAGGCAGAUGACAGUAUUCUUGGCGCAUCACCAGUAGAAUGAGUUAUCCAAAAGGCUGUAUCAGUCAGAAACUAGACUAUUGUUUCAAACUCCUCUAUUUUGUCGUUUGAAAGUUGAUAUUUAAAAUGUUAAUUAGACUUGUGUAUUAAAUGACAUUUAAACUUGAAUAAUUAAAUGAAUUUAAAUGCUUAAAUUGGAAA